AUGGCUACCCCCAGUGUCCUUACCUUUGAUGCUGAGGGUCGUGCUGUUGACUUUGAGGUCUGGGUCGAUGACCUCCAGCUGUUCGUACAGUGCGAUAGGGCAGACGGACUCUCCCUGUUCGAUCUCACCUCUGGUGCCUCUCCUGCCCCGCCUGCUACUGCUGACAGCACUGUUCGCUCUCAGUGGGCCACACGCGAUGCUGCUGCCCGUCUUGCUGUGCGUCGCCACUUACCGACCACUGAGUGUGCGCACUUUAGCCAGGACAAGAGUGCUAAGACCGUGUACGAUGCUGUGGUUGCACGCUACUCCUCCCCUGCCACUACUGCGCUUAGCCGCCUCAUGCUGCCGUACCUGUUCCCUGACCUUGCUGCCUUUCCCACAGUCGCUGACCUCAUUACGCACCUUCGCACUAGUGACACUCGCUACCGCGCUGCGCUUCCUGCUGAGUUCUGUGCCAAGAACCCCCCCCCCCCCAUGUACAUCACCCUCUACUACGUAGUCACCCGGCUCCCUGACUCCCUUCGCUUAGUCAGGUACCACUUCCUCUUAGUUUGCCCCACCACACAAACCGUCGACCUCCUCGAGGAGCGCCUCCUAGCAGCAGAGAAGAGCAUAGUCGCUGUAGGAGCCUCUCGUGGUGACCCUCGCAACCCCAUCUUUGGGGGUUGUUGCCCCUCCCCCCUCUUGCCCUCUGUUGCUUCUGCUGCAGCGCCCAACCUCGUUGGUUUCGAGUCGGUCGGCGCUGGAUCUGCCCCUAGCGGGAGACGUCGCACCGGCAAGGGCAAGGGGGGCAAGGGCGCUGGAGGGGCUGGCGGGGGCGGUGGAGGUGGUGGUGGAGGUAGUGGAGGGGUUGGGGGUGGUGGUGGGAGUGGUGGCGGGGGUGGAGGUGUCGGUGGCAGCAGUGGAGGCGGAGGAGGCGGCGGCGGUGGCGGAGGGAGCGGAGGCGGCGGAGGUGGCGGAGGUGGCGGAGGCGGCGGAGGCAGCGGAGGAGCUGGUCGCGGCUCUGCGCAGAGGAGUGGCUCCGGUGGUGGUCCGCGCCAGCAGCAGCAGCGCAGUCGAUAG